GUGUUGUGUUGGUAACACGUAUUUUAUGAUCCCGCGGUUUUAGUCGUCCAUCAUAAUAUUUUUUGUGCUUUCAUUUCCUUUAUUCUCCUUUAUUAAUUUCCAUCGAUAGUCAUUACUAUGUCUACUUUUAGAAGAGGAUCAAUUUUUCAAAACCAAGACGUGCCGGAAGGUUUAGUUACUUCUCCUUCCGUGGGUCAAGAAAGAAGUUCGAGAGACUACAAUAGUUUCUUUUCUUCGCCUGAUCAAAUUUCAAGCCCAACGAGAAAUCCUAGCGAUCCACUCGGUUCUAUAUCUGAGUUAAUUGCUAUGAAUAAACCACGAAAUUUGAUGGUCGGUCGACAAUCUGUGCCAAACUAUUCCACUCAAAUACGGCAGUACACCGCUCAAGAACAGUUGGCGAAUCUAAGACGCAACUCUCUCCAUUUGCCUUAUCUUGCAGAUAGGAGUGUUGCUAGUAUGACUGAUUUUGGAAGUGUCGGUCAAAGUGACGAUGGUGUUGAAAUCGGAAAUAAAAACAUGCGACGACCUAAAUUGGAUUUGUCUUUUGCGUCUUAUGGAUAUCAGGCUCCGCAACAAUUUCGUGUGUCACCCACGUAUAGUGAUGGUAGUGAUCCUCUAACAACCAAUAUUAUGCGGUCUCGAUCAAAUACACCAGAAGAUUCAGAUUUAUCAAAUAAUAAUAGUCCAGAAGCAGUUACCGAUUUGAUAAAUCAAAUACAUAUAAAUCCAUACGGUUUGUCACCUCUAUCUGAUCAAGACUUGGCUAAUAUGCAACGCAUUUCAAAUGCUGGAAGAUUGUCUGCUGGAGAAAGUUUUCAUCAAACACAAAGUUUGUUGAAUUCGUUGUUAGCCAAUCAAGUACAAUAUCCUACCAGAUAUGGUUCACCAGCAGCUCAAUCGCCGGUUUAUGAGAAAAAAUCUCCACCGCCAUUUUGGUCUCCUACGAGACCUAAGAACGAUAGUAACAACAAUCAAGUUGAAAAUAGAACUAACCGGAAUUUUAAUGGUUUACAUAAGGAUCCAGUUUUUACUUGGAGUGGACAACUUCCCAAGGUAGUGCACAGCUCGCCAAACUACUCGUGCAAAGUGUUUUUGGGUGGCGUGCCAUGGGACAUAACUGAAGAUGGCUUGAUUAUGGCUUUUAGUCAGUUCGGCCCUGUCAAGAUUGAAUGGCCCGGUACCUCGAAUAACCUUAACCAGCCAAAAGGUUACGUUUAUGUUAUUAUGCAAUCGGAUCAAAUGGUAAAGAAGUUGUUGGAUAUGUGCACAAAAGGUUCAAAUGGCGGGAAUUACUACUUUAAAAUUUCGUCAAGAAAAAUGAAAGGAAAGGAAGUUCAAGUAAUUCCUUGGUUAAUGAAUGACAGCAAUUGUGUUAAACACCCCUCACAAAAAUUGGACCCUACUAGGACGGUUUUUGUGGGUGCUUUGCACGGUAUGAUGAAUGCCCAAGGCCUGUUUAAGAUAAUGGAUGAUUUAUUUGGCAAUGUCACAUAUGCAGGUAUUGACACUGACAAAUACAAAUAUCCUAUUGGGUCUGGCCGAGUGAGUUUCAGCAGUUACAAGUCUUAUACGAACGCUGUGGCUGCAUCUUUUGUGGAAGUUAAAACUCAAAAGUUUUCAAAAAAAAUUCAAGUAGAUCCAUACUUAGAAGACAGCGCUUGCAGCAUUUGCAACAUCCAACUUGGCCCUUAUUUCUGCAGGGACCAAUUGUGUUAUCGUUAUUAUUGCCGUGGCUGUUGGAACUGGAAACACUCGAGCAUUACUUUAAGUACACACCGUCCAUUAAUGCGAAAUUCUAAGCACACUCCAACUAGCAUGAGUUCGCCACCGCGGUUCACAUCGCCGAACAACAAUUGUUUUUCUCCUAACCAAAAUCAGUUUGAAGUGGAACAACCUUAAAAGAUUGCCGCCCUAAAAACUGGAAUACUGACCAAUUUUGAUGUAUUUUUUUUGAAAUUUAUUUAUUUUGUUUUUUUUUUCGGGGGAAAUUUAUAGUUAAGGGUACAAUUUAAUUUAAAAAUUUCUAUUAUCUUCUUUUCUUUUUGGGGUAAAAAAAAAUUGAAAAUCAUUACUGAGUUUUGAAAAUGUCAGUGAUAUCUUACCUAUGUUAUUUAGUUUCCUUG